GGGAUUUCCCAUCAGCCUACAAGUGAAGACGAGCAUCAGAAAGAAGAAUCUGCACAGACAGUGUUUAUUGAAGGACAGUGAGAACAUGAGAGAUCCAGAACCCUGCAGAAUGAAACACACUGAAGAACAAACAGUUGAUUUCGACUCGCGGCAAUGACGUCAUCACUCGCGCGCUCACAACAGCCAGCGUCGAGUCUGCUGAAGUGAGAUCAGCUCCUCCUGCUGCACAAUCAUGAUACAACAAUCACAUCUUCAGUGAAGCUCCUCCCACUGCAGUUCAGCAAUAAAUGCUGGAAUAUUCCCAUCAGUCUACAAGUGAAGACGAGCACCAAAGCAUCAGGAAGAAGUGAAAUCUGGACAGACAGAGUUUAUUGAAGGACAUAAGAGAUCCAGAAACCUGCAUAAUGAAAAACACUGAAGAACAAACGGAGUUGAUUGAAGAAAACAGAGAGAAUGCAGAGGAGGAGAAACAUCACGUCAAAACUGGAGAAAAACUUCUGAGUUGCUCACAAACCGCACAGAAAGAUUUAAAGAAAAGAAGAGAUGAGAAAUCUGUCACCUGCACUCAGUGUGGAAAGAGUUUGAGAAGCAAGUAUAGUCUUGAGACUCACAUGAGAGUUCACACUGGAGAGAAACCAUUCAUGUGCGAUCAGUGCGGGAACAGUUUCACAACAUCAUCAAACCUUAGGAAACACAUGAACAUCCACACUGGAGAGAAAUUGCACAAAUGUGAUCAAUGUGGAAAAACAUUUCUGUGGGCUUCAAGCCUGACUAAUCACCUGGAAGUUCAUAUAAAGGAGAAACCACAUUCAUGUUCUGUAUGUGGAAAGAGUUUUUCACAACUGAAAUUUUUGAAAGGACAUCAGAAGAUACACACUGGUGUGAGAAAUUAUAUGUGCUUUAAGUGUGAGAAGACUUUUAUAACAGGUGAACUACUGAAGCAGCAUCAGAGAAUUCACACUGGAGAGAAACCUUACAAGUGUUCACGCUGCGACAAGAGAUUCACUCAGUUAGGACAUCUGAAAAGACAUGAGAGGAUCCACACUGGAGAGAAACCAUAUCACUGCACUGCAUGUGGGAAGAGUUUUACUCAAUCAUCUUCUCUACACAAGCAUACAAAAAACUAUCACAAUUAGUAGAUCAUCUUCGGAUCCAGCACUUUCAGGUCUGAUGCUGCGUCCUCACCAAACGUGACACAACAAUUCAUCAAGCAAUAAAAUCUCUGCUUUAUAAAUCUGUUCUAACAAAGAAACAUCAUCUAAGGUCCCAGUCAAUACAGUUCAUCUUCUUUUUUUGCAUCUGCAAAACGUUCUUGUUGGAAGCUGAAGAAGAUAGACCUUGUACCUUGUUCUUCAUUGUUGUAUUUGAAUCAAGUAGUUAUUCUUCCGUUUAUGAUGUUUAUGAUGAUGAUGGAAUGGGUAUCAGAACCUGGUAGAAUCUGUUUGGGUACUAGAGAAAUUAUGUAAAUACCCUUUGUUUAAUAAAACCACAGUUUA